AUGCCUGCUUCAGCCUCUCUGAAGCUUGCCGUGCUUGGCCUCAUCCCUCUGGCACUUGGUCAGGGAGGCCUAGUCAUCAAUCCAAAGAAUGUUGGUCAACAAGUCGGCGAUCAUGCCUCAUCCGUUCCUAUUGAUCUCUCGAGCAUGGUCAAUAACCGUGCCUUUGCCAUGUCACCUGGCGAUGCCGAUUUUGAUGGCAUACACUCAGGCUACCCUGCUCAGUACCUGCCAGACAGCAAUUUUACCUACGCAGGCAUCAACUACAUGUUUCCUGAGUACAAAGAAUCAGGUGAUGACAAUGUGCUUGCCCAAGGCCAGGUCAUCACCCCUCCUCAGGGACGCUACUCCAGUAUCUCCAUGCUCGUAGCUGCCGAGUCUGCCACCCUUUCUGGUCAUGGCNCGUAUCCCUAUGGUGGUGAUAUCGUGUUUCCCUACUACCUGACUAACAGCAGUGUCGACUACAAUCGCUCCAUGAUCUAUCAAUCUGUCAACUGGCUCGACUCCACGAAACAAGUCUCUAGUGUCACCCUUCCAAAUGUCACUUCUGGGGCUGCAACUGGACCUGGUGGUGCUGCACAGAAUACUCGAUUGCAUGUUUUUGCAGUCUCACUCGUCUCAGCAACUGGUUCGGGCAUUAGCCUUGAAAUUCAGCAAGCGCGAUCAACACAACUUUGGAUGGAAGGCACCAACAAGACUCAAAUAUUCGAAGCUGUUGUUGUGAAUACAGGAGACCAGUGGGUUUUGGCAAACAACAGCGUCAAGGUCACUGUCGAUGCUUCAGGCGUAAAAACUGUGCAGCCAGGGAUCAUCAACAGGCUCCGUCCUGGAGACAGAGCUAUCGUGCGCGUUGGAGUUGUCAACACCAAUGGGACUCAGCCUGGUACUACAGGCGAGGCCACUCUGCGCGUUGCGGGCGCUGGGGUACAGGCGAGCUCUAUAUUUAAUGCAACCUUCGGCAUUGGAGCCUACGAAGCCACAUAUGAGAGCAUCUAUGCUCACGAGAGUCCUGCCUGGUACACUGGCGGAAAGUAUGGUAUCUUCAUCCAUUGGGGAGUUUACGCUGUUCCCGGCUGGGGCAACUCUGGCAAAAAGGAGUGGUAUUGGUGGUACAUGAACCAAGGCAUUGACAGCUCAAAUUCUGCUGGAUUUUACGAAUACAACCUCGAAACUUACGGACCAGACCAUGCAUACGACGAUUUCAUCCAAAACUUCACCACAGAGUACUACGAUCCCAAAGAAUGGGUUGACCUCUUCGCCGAUGCAGGUGCUCAGUACUUUGUCCAAGUUUCGAAGCACCACGAAGGCUAUGCUCUCUUCGACAUCCCUGCCAACAUCACCAAGCGAACGAGUGUAGCCCAGAUGCCACAUAAAAAUCUGCUUCAGAUGCUUUUUGACGCUGCGGAUCAGUACCAGCCGCACCUGCACAAGGCCACCUACUUCUCACUGCCUGAGUGGUUCCAUCCUGACUACAAAAAGUAUGGAUUUGGCGAUUCCAAGGGUGCUGCUUGGCCAGGUGGGCUGGCGCUUAACCCCUACACCAACGAAACACUCCCUUACACAGGCUAUGUGCCAGUGGAUGACUUUGUCUCGGACCUCAUUCUUCCCGAAAUGCAGAUCCUGGCACAAAUGGGCACAGAAAUCAUGUGGGUGAGUAGACUUUUGGUAUCCGACCCAUACCCAAUCAGCCUUUCUGACAUCCAUCACAGUNGCGAUAUUGGAGGCCCCAACCUCACAGCCGAGUUCUCGGCCGAGUAUUUCAACAAUAUGGCCGCUCAAGGCAAGCAAGUCUUGAUCAACAACCGUUGUGGUCUCCCAGGCGACUUCGACACACCUGAAUAUGCUCGCUACGAAGCCGUCCAGAUGCGAAAGUGGGAGAGCAAUCUAGGCAUGGAUCCCUUCUCAUACGGCUACAACAGAGCAACCCCCAUUUCCGCAUACAUCAAGCCAGCAGACAUUGUUACCUCUCUAAUCGACAUUACAAGCAAAAACGGCAAUUUCCUCUUGGAUAUUGGACCCCAAGCCAACGGCACAAUCGUCGACAUCGAGAAGCAGAACCUCAGAGAUGCGGGUAAAUGGAUCAAGUCUCAUGGCGAGGCUAUCUUUAACACCACUUAUUGGUUCAUUACCNCUGAGGAAGGAGAUACUGUUCGCUUUACGCAGACGCCUGAUGCUUUUUACAUCUUGACUUUGUAUCCACCUAACGCUACGCUGGUGCUGGAUAGCCCUGUUCCGUAUGUUAGUGGCGAUCGAGUCACUGUUGUGGGUGGCAAUAUGAGUGGCAGUGUUGUCCCUUCGAGGCUGUUGAGUAAUGGAAGUCUGGAAUUGACUAUCAGUGAUGCUGUCAUGGCUAGCGAUGAGUACAGCUGGGUGUUCAAGAUUCCAUUCGGAGGCGUCGCUGCAGGCAAUGCGACGUACACUGGAAGUGCUCCUCCAGCUCAGCAAACGACCAAUGAUGCUGGAAGGUGGUCACCGGAUUGGAAGAAGUUGAUU